UAUGACAAUCGUUUCACGAGGAGGCAGCCGCCGCCACCCGUUCACGAUGAAAAGCGGCCACCCCGUCCGGAGGUGGACCUCGUAACCGCAGCAGUACCGAGAAAAGGAAGAACGGUCGUCUGUCCAGCGUGAAGGUUCCCCCCCCUCCCCCUCGCCGCCGUUCGCCUCCUUUUUUGAACCCGUUGUCGGUGAGAUGGCACUGAGCUCGGCCGGCUGGGCUCCGGCUUCGGUGCCCGCCUCCUCCCAGGACCUGCACGGCGGGCCUGCGCCGGCUUGCUGCAACACGGUCCUGAUGUCUGUCCGGGUCUCGGUGUGCCAUUCGGGGAUCCGACCCCUCUGCCUGCCCGGGGCGAACAACGAGGCUCUCCGGUUGCAGCUGAGCAUGGAUCCCAGCCGGGCUGGAGAGUUCCGCCUGGCUCUCCGGGACACAAGCGGGACCCGUAGUGUGUUCAUCGCCGAGUUUAACCUGAACGCGGUGCAGUAUGAGGUCAAGGCCCCCCGCUGCCAUGAGAUGCGUCUAGCCACUCCGCCCCACGACUGCAUCCGCUUCAACUUCCGCUGCGACCGUGAGGCGGAGGAAUGGGCUACGGUGGUGAUGUCUUCUCUACGAGAGGCACACAGAGUUGCAAAUAUUACCACACACGAAUCGGAUGACCGGCGGCUUCACACGGCUGCAGCGACAGAACAGUGGAGCUCAGCCUCUUUACCACUCACUGAGGAACUUUGCUUGGAGCUUGCAAAGGCCAUCGAAGCAGGCGAUACUCAAGCUGCUUCACAGCACGCGUCCUCUCUGGCACGGCAGAAGGUAUCGCUGACGAUUCAACUCUCGGAGAAGAGUUACCCCGAUGGAGAGAUAAGUUUAUCUGUGGCAGUGGAGGACGUUUCUUCCUCCUGCUGUGUCACGGUGAAAGUAUUUCCCCACAUGACGAUAGCUGCACUCAAGCAACAGGUCUUUCUUGAGUAUGGCUUUCAUCCACGCGUGCAGCGCUGGGUAAUUGGGCAGUGCUUGUGUACGGAGCCGAGGUCGCUGGCCUCCUACGGCGUCCAGAAGGACGGGGACACGGCCUACCUCUACCUGGUCUCUGCCCGCCAGGCCCGCGUUACCCGCCAGCUUUUCCAGCAGGACCUGGAGAGUGCCAUCCUCACGCCGCCUCCUCCCCCUAACAAUGGGCCCACCUCCCAAGACUGGAGAGGAUACAGUACCCUUCCUUCGCGGCUCAUUCACAACAGCCAGGGCAGCACGGGUGGCGGAAGCGAUAAACCUGGCGGAGGAGGUGAAAUCAAAGAUGCUCUCAACCUGGAGGCUUUGCAGCUGAGCGAUAAGCCCAGCAAAGCCAGUAAAUCACAGACGGAGUGGGCAUGUCCUUCGUGCACUUUCAUCAACAAGCCCUCGCGUCCGGGCUGCGAGAUCUGCGCGACAGCCAGACCCGACACGCACAAGCACAGCCACAUCCAGCAGGAGAAAGGAAGGAGAGAGGAUCGAGGAGAGCCUGGUUUAGCCACCAGAUGACUGCCCAGUACACACACAGACACAGACACACACACACACACAAUACCCCAGGUGAGAUAGCUAAUUC